AUGGAUCCCUCACACCCCCGAUAUCUGACCAAACUCCACGACGCCCAGGUGAGACAUGCACAACGCACAACGGAUCAACAGCGCCUGUACUCCUUCCAUGCCCCCUCCCUCACAGCGGGCAGGCGGACCAUCUCGGUCUCGCAGGAGGUGACGGCCCCGAACAAUCCCUCCUUCACCCUCACAGCCUCCCAGACAUUCCAGGUCGUGGCUCCACGCUUCCAUCUGCCCCCGACGGAUCUCCAUGCCAUCUAUCCCCCUCCCGGGGGCACCAUCGCCAGCACGACGCUGCCCUACAUGGUGUUCAACGACCCCCAUCUGCCCUGGGAGCGACGCCCGGCGGCGGCGGCAUCACCGUCCCCGGGCGCGGACGAGAGGAUCCGUCAGCCCUGGCUUGCCCUGUGGGUGUUUCGCCCAGACGAACUGCUUCUGCCCUUGGGUGAGGAGAUCCUGCGCGGCAAGAGUCUGUCGGAGUCGGGCAGUGUGCGAUUGCCGUGCUCCCAGCUGCUGGGCGCCGGCAUGCCCACGCCGCUGCGGACAAACGCCCUCGAGCCCGACGAGGAGCAGAUGGAGGCCGACUUCAUCUUCGUGCCCCGGGCGCUCUUCCAUUCGUUCACGCGUGGCUACGGGCCCGACGGCACCCCAUUAGAAGGGCUGGAUCUCUCCCCGUACGGCUACCUGGCGCACGUUCGACAGGUCGGCGGCGACAUCUUGAAAAGCGCUGCAGCCUCAAUGGAGGACCGGUUCAGCGUGGUGAUGGCCAACCGGACGGGCCCCGGCGACAACAAGACACCCGUCAAGGCUGUCGCGCAUUUGAUCUCACUCGAGGGGAUCGACGACACCUUCUCCCUCGCCGAUACCGACCCGUUUGUCGCCCUGUGUUCGCUGCACAGCUGGGUCUUUGAGUACGCCGUCGAUGACGACCAGAUCAAGACCCCGGGGAAUCCCAUAGGCAACAUCGACGUCCUUCGGCCUCCAUCACGGACAUGGGCGCCUCUGGUGGCUUCCGACAACCCCGUCCAGCAGCAGGUGGGCAAGCGGUUGCGCGACGGUUACUCUCUUGGGCGCUAUCGAACCCUCUCCGGCGAGGAGACAGUCGCCUUCUAUCGCGGGCCCCUAAUCCCAGGCCUGCCGCCCCCGAACGCAGCCCUAAACGCCCCCAUCCAUCUGUUCGCCUCCCAGCUGCAGAUCCUGGAUGCCCAGGUCGGCCUGCCGGAUAACUCAUAUAUGGCCGCCUGGAACCUGGGCAAAGCCAACGCUCUGGCAGACGAGCGGUUCCUGGAGGCUCUGGUGCGUCUGCGCUCCGCCAUCUUCAGACGGGCGCUGCUGAGCGCCAAAGGGUCCAUUCUCCAGACCGAGGAAGAUGCCCCCGGCGCGGUAUGGGGACGCAUCCACGCCGCCAAAGACGCCCUCUUGACGCUGUCCGGGGAAGCCCAGGAUCCCACGCUCAAGUGGCGGCCCAUCACGCAGCAAGAGGAGCCCGGUCUGGGUCUCUGGGAUCCCGCCUUACGCCAGAGCUUCCAGGAUGCCGUGGCACAGGAAGCAGCGCACCGGAGCCAGGCUCUCACAGGCGAUCUGUAUGCCGAGGGAGACAGCCCACGAAGCUCGGACUGGGCGGCCCUCCUGGCGUGGCUGCUGGACGCCCUGUGUCUAUCCAGGGUUCCCGCAGACCUCUUGCUGCCGGAGCCACAGAGUCUGUCGCCGGGCUCCCUGCGCUUCUUCUCCCUCGAUCCCACAUGGAUGAACGCCUAUAUCGAUGGCGCGCUGAGCGUGGGAAACCAUGUCGAGGGGGACCAGGACUCGGUCCGGGUGGCGAUCAAGAACAACCUGCAGGCGUUUCUGGAUUCCACAAACCCGACGCUGGGAUAUCAACCUCAGAUCCCGACCUCUGGCUGUCUCAUCCGCUCUCCCCUGGUCGCCCAUCACCCAGACCUGACGAUCCGGGCGCCCCGAGCCGCCGGUGAUGCCAGAGCUCAGGUCCUCCAGCGCCUCAGGCUGGCUCCGGACGUUCUCUUGCUCCUGUUCGACCGGCCGUUGACCACCACCGGCUUCCCUGAGGGCAUCCGCAUUGUGCCGCCGCCGCAUGAGCAGAGCUUCGUCGUGACCAACGGACGCAUGGCCGGCGACACCAUCGAGAUGGUGUACAGGAACAUCCCUACCCAGCAAGGGACGCCGCCCAGGGAAUGCAUGGCACAGAUCGCCGUCGAGAGCCGGCAGAAAUCAUGUUUCGUCCGUCCUGACGGGCUUGUUCUCGCCUCAAACGUCGCUCAUGACGUUUAUGACUUCCUCAAGUCUCGUCCGGAGCUCAAAUUCACAGAGCUGGCCCCGUCUUCCGCCAUGUUGGCCCUCCACUUUGCCGAGGCCCUGCAAGAAGUGUACAUCCCCUUGCCUGAUCCCGAGCCCGAUCACCCGGGACAAGACGGUUUCCACAUCACCAUGUUGGAAAUGCCAGAUCUUCAUCGUCUGGGAGAUGGCUAUACACAGCGACAGGGCUACUGGAAGCAUAAAGACGCACCACCAGUGUCUUCCCUUGCUGAAAUCACCUCUCAAAAUACAACUCUGCGCCCCCCAUAUUGGGCCAAGAUCUCGACGUCUGCAGUGGAACAACCUGGGGGAACCGUAUCGCCUGAAACAUCACUUCCCCUACCGUCGGAGAGUCAGUAUCGACUCCAGAUCCAUGCCUUGGGGUAUCCAGUCGGUGAAGCGAAGCUGCCUCGCGAUUCAACCAGGCCGCUGAGUCUGGUCUUUGCCCUGCAGAGAAUAUCAGACGAACAGUCAUACCUCCUGCGGCAGCUCCAAGUUCAUAUCCCGUCCGGGCCAGAUGGACUACUGGGACAAGGGUAUCGUGGCCCGGGGGCGACUAUGGCGAAUAAUAUCCGCUUUCUGCCUGACAUCCGGAAUCUGCCAGGGGAGGUGAUCGUGACGCUCUCGCCGCGCAGCAAGGCACCGAUUUCCACCUCGCCGCGGAGCUGUGAGACCAGCAUGAACCGCGAUCUGACCUUUAUCCUGCGUGAGGCGUCGCUAUAUGCAGCAGGUACCGCGGAGCAUCUCUUCACAGUCACCGUCCAUGAAUACUAUGGCGAGAGUUUGGAGCCGGUGACGUCUACAGCUCAAGUAGAACUAUGA